GUGUUGCUUUGGCUUUCUCCUCAAUUCGACUUCUCCAAGAUGCGAAAGUUUUUAGGAUGGAAAUGACACAUUUUCAAGAAGAACAGGAUGGAAAGGAGUGUUUGGACUCCUUCACUGAAGAUGUUCAACUGCCUCACAGUGUAAUGGCACAAGACCACAUGAAUGUACAUUUGUGGCUAAGGUGUCGUACAAUGUUAGUGACUGCACUAGUAACACAGAUACUUGGUGUUGGCGACAUGAAAGAAAGUGAUGUGGCUGAGCACAGAAGUGUUAUAAAAGAAGCAAUAUCAGAGGCAGAAGCCUUUGGUGAUAUUGAGACUCAGGCUGAAAUGAUGGUGCAAGCUGCAAUUCUUGACCUGCAAGAAAAACGUCCUGUGACAGGCAUUAAAGUUCUUCUGCAGAAUGUCAUCAGUUUACUCCAAGAGGAUACAUUUAUUUCCCCUCCAGCUUCUUUGACUCUUGUGAGAAGUGUGCUUCUGCUGGCUGACAUCCUGGCACUGCAAAUAGCAGACGAUACAGAACAUUGCUCUUCUGCAGGGGAACCAUUAAACUUACUUGUUUUGGCACAUGAGGCUACCAUUAAAGCAAUUUUUGUUUGUGGAGAACCCAUUGAACAGAAAACAGAAGAUAGUACAUUGACUUGCCUGGUCUUACCUGCAAAAAAUAUCUACCUGCCGCAUAUUAACUUGCUAGCUCAAGUCAAAAUGCGAAUUGGAUGCACAUUAGCUGAAAAAGUAGCUUGUACAGCUGCAAGAGGAGAUCCAUUGCAAUGGCUACAAGCUCUUAGACAUUUAGAAUCAGCAUUGAAACUUUGCAGAGCAUCUGCAACAAAAAGAUUAGAUAUGGAAGCUGAACUUCUUUUUCAGAUAGGUAAGGUGGAACGCCAGGUAACUGAAGCAGGCAAUAACAAGUCAUCUCAAGCUGUUGAAACCUUGUUGGAAGCUAUAAAGCUCAGCCAGCAACAUGAUCAAAAAUAUGA